CACGAAAAUUAAACAAUAACAAAAGAAAUUUAUAGACCUAGACUAAAAUCUAGAUUCUAGAUCUAGACCAAGUCUAGAUUCUAAAUCUAGAUUCUGUUCAUGAUGGCAGCACCAUCCACAACAUACGCUGAGGUUUUUUCAAUACCAUUGAAACUUACUACGGCAGAGAACAUUUUUGCAUUCUAUGUGGGAGCCUUACUUUUGCUUGCCUACUUCCUUUCACUGACUGUUUCAUCUUUACAUGUUAGACAAGAUCCCGUAGUCUACCCAUUGUCUCGGCCUCCAUCAGCCACAAGCUUUUAUGAGUACAUCAUCAUGUUAAAAACUUCUUUAUACUGUGGAUCAUCAUUUGAUGAAAGAGGAAGAAUCACUUUGCAACUCUUGGGAUCGUUUGCUGAUUCUCCAAUUCUAGUUUUAAAGAAAGGAAAAGGCAUUGAAUUUUUUCUUGAACGUGGGGCUACGAAUAUAUUUGUCUAUCAUUCUUCAUGUAAUUUAGGAGAUAUUCUUGAAGUCACCUUCACAUUAAUAAAUGAUACCCCACAUGAAAUACCAUAUGUUGAAUGGCACCCAUCAUACAUAUCAAUUAUGCAACCUGCUACCAGAUUACAGUGGGGAACCCGAGGCUCUAAGAUGCGUUGUAAAGAUGUUCUCAAUGUAAAUUUUACUUGUGUUAAGAAAAGAAGAGACAGAUAUGGUAUCUUGAAGUCCUUGUGUUUAUUUGAUAUAUGGAUCUCUAUGUUUCACUCACCAAUUCGCAUUGGAACAUACAAUAAUUUUGUUAAUGUCAUCAUGGUAUUUUUUGUCAUUUCUGGAAUUUUGACCACAGUGCUUCUAACUGAAUUGGCAUUCCGCAUUAAAGUCCUACCCAACACCCCAAGCAUCUUACAACAAGAGGGGGAUGGUUUAGUGCUGAGGAUGCUUUCUGCCGUAGGUGCCGUCUGGGUGCUGGAAAUUAUUUUUGAAGCCCUAUUUAGAAACACCGUACCUACUUCCACAGCUCGAAAGUAUUCAAGGUUCCGUGGGCUUGUCGAACCUGUAGAAUCUCAGCUAGGGCUGCAUGAUUUUAGCAUUGAAUAUGAUUGGGAUAAAAUUUGGCCACUUAUUCCCAAAAAACGAGUGAUUGUUCCCUAUGGGACCAGGCAUGAUAGUGCACGUUCCAUAUUCAGAAUACAGCCUGUGCAUUCAUACUUUAACUACUGGGGACUCAUUGGGUUAGAGGAAGAGCGAGAAGGCUAUUGGUACACAAGAAUAAUGAGUUUCUGUGCCUUACCGCUCCCCUUGUCUAUGAAGUGGCUUGGUAAGGAGGCAUGGGAGCUGAAGGAGGAGAAGUUGGUCAAGCAGUUCACAUCUGGGUUUCAAAACCAACUGUGUUUUUUCUGCUGCUGGCUCCAGGACUGGCCUCUCCAUUUUGUUGAAGAUCCCCAACAGGCUGGUCUGAUUUUUAGCCACAUAAUUUGUAAAGAUAUUUUGUGCAUUAUGAAGAUCAGUAAUAUGGCACUGAGAGCUCGACUUGCUCAAUUAUGCUUGCACCAGUGGAAUGGACUACUUGGCUGCCUGAUUUUGUAUGCUAUUAAAAAUCAUAUUGAAAAACAGAAAAAUCCAUCCACUCAGAUCAAAAGUUUCAUCUAUCGGACUAUCCUUGUGUUUGGUAAAAGAAGUGCUCGAGAAAUUCAAGCAGCAUGGAAAAAACGUCAGAAACGCUUCAAGGAAAUGCAACUCCAGAAUGUUAAUUCAAAAGCACUGCAAGGGUUAGAUAGUAAAAUUGCUGAACCAGUUGACACAAAUGAGAGUGCGGCACGCAAUUUUGCCACCUCUCCUUUGACCUUUGUUCGUAACCUCUUUCUCAAUUGGAGACGUCCACCCCAAGCCUUUUCUCCUCAAGUAACAUACAUGCCUGACAUACUGGAGGUUAUGGAUUGCUUUGAGGAUCAACUGGAUUUUGAUCACGCUCAACCCAUCUUUGAACCUCAAAGUAACAGAGGUGUUUCAUCUAAACACUUGCCUACAUUUAGCCUUGUUGGAGAAGGGGCUACUGCAUAUAAGAAAAAAGAAGUUGAAGAAUCUACAAAUGCAAGAAAAAGAAAAUUACCUUGCUCCAUACAACGCUUCAGCAGCAUUAAGGAAGAGGAAGAAAUGAUUGGAGACAGCAAUGUUUGUCUGAACUUGGCAGGAAACAUUAGAGUAGAUAAUGUUCAUCAACCUGUGGGAACCAGUCUAGCAGGCAGUGAUGUGGUUAGCCUGACUGAAGUGUCUGUUCACUCAUACAGUUCUAGUAAUGUGACAGUGUUUGCAGACCGGAACACCAAUGCCAAGGCUGGGGAUGAUCUGGCCACCAACACAAAUGCCAAUGCUAUUGAGAACGAGGCAUUGAUGGAAGAAGGACAAGAGAAAGAGGAUGAAGCUAACAAAGCGUUAGCUGCAGUGCUUGCACAGAAACAGCAGGAAAGUAAAGCAGAAAUUGAAGAAACAAACCUCAGACAGGGAAUGCAUAUCUCAGAGUAUGAAGAAGUGGUCCUUGGUCCAAUGUUUGAUCAAAGAUUUGCAAUGAGAAAAGAUUCAGACGAGCCCAAACUCUACCAUCGCCAUCGAGAUGAGAUUUUGGGAUAUUGUUGUGGAAGUAAAAGGUGUUCUGCUUAUGCAGACAUCCAUAAAAAGGUUGGACAUCACUCACUUGGAUUAAUAAAAAAGAUAAUUCAAGGACAUCUACAUUUUGCUUCAUUGGGUAAUACAAUAGAACAAACAGCUGAAUUAUGGAAAAGAAAACAAAUGGUGCUUGCCAUUUAUCAUUUAAUGGAGCAGAAGGCAACACUUUAUACAGGAACAGAAUUUAAAGGUCCUAUAACAUAUACUGAAAAUGGCUUCGCAUGCAACAAACUGGUCACCGAAUGUUUGACCCUGAUAGAACAGUUGACUAAUGUGGUCUCAGAAAAUAGACAAACAUUCAGGAUUGAGCAAGCUCAAAUACGCAGGAGGAAAUUUGGUGUCAGAAUUAAACCUAAACCACAAUGUGUUUUUUGUGCAAAGAUAAUUCAAAAUAAUGAUGAAGUUAAGAUUACUAACAAAGGUUGUGAUAAAAUGGAUAAACUGGUAAAGUUUUUUACCCGUGACACUAUUUGUGUAGCAGAAAAGGAAAUCAACAUUGAAUUAACCUACAAAAUAACAAUCCAAAACUACUGUGCUAUGAUGAUGAACGUGGCUAAGAAGGAAGUGAUGAUGGAGCUGGAGGACCCCCCUGGUGUGUUAGCCAGUAAAGUCACUAGGGCCAUGACUUACAAGUUACUGGAGGCCAUGUCACCCAGAGUUGGCAACAUUCAGAAUAUUACAGAAGCUGACUUGAGUAAAAUAGGGAAUAGAAGAGAUAGAAUUCAGGCAAGAAAUGAAUAUAGUAAGUCUGCCCAAAAGGAUACUUGGGUUAGCAUCAAAAAGAAAAAGAUCAUUCAGGGAAUAGUAGAAGUUCUGUGUAACAAGUGGAGAGUCACAGUAAAAGAAAAUGAGCUGAAUCACUGUGCUUUGCUGCUAGCUCAGUGUCUGGUACAAGAAAGAAUCCUGGGCUUCUCUAUAUAUACUGGCAUGAUCAGCAGAGAACAUGAAAUACUGUUAGACCACAGCCGCGAUCGCUUGAGGGAAAUUGAGUCCAAGGCAUAUACUACAAUACUCAAGAUAGCAAAGAAGGUCUUGAAACCUCGACUAUUAAGUGUGUUAGAUUCAGCAACAAAUGUUGAUGUGCUUUUUCCAAAAAUUAAAAUGGAAGAAAUUUACUUGAUGGAAGCUAUCAGUGUCAUGCAAGUUACUGCUGAACCCACUUUCCUUAAGACAUGCACAUAUUUUAUCAAUGAUAUUGUGGAAGUAAAGAUUCGGGAAUUCAAAGAGCUUAUGGGGUACCUUAAAAAACUGAAACCUGCUAAAGAUAUUGAUGGUCGCCUUAAACUGAAAAUGCUGAAACCAGCUUAUAAGAUUGAUGAAUCUUUCACUGAGGUUCCAACAGAAAGUCAUCAAACUAUAUCUUCCCCAUUGCUACGGUGGGGUCCUAAUGCUAUCAAAGGUGUUCCUCCAUUACCUCCAAAUUUGAAACUAAACUAUGCAUCCUCACUUCGCAUGAAUGAAAUCCUACCCAAGUUAGCUUCAUUAAAAACGAAAAAUCCUAAACUUGAUGAAGUGGCAACGACUAUGUUAAAAGUGAGGAGAAAACUGAAAGGUUAUGUAGACAUAAAUGAGCUUCAGAAGCAGAGAAAAUUGGAAAUCCACUUAGCCAAAGUACAAGCAAAUCUUAUAGAACAAAUUGCUCUAUCAUCUCAGAACAUUGCAGACUCCUACACUCAAGAGACAGAUUUUCAGCGUGAGUAUCACAGAGAUGACCUCUUCAAUGUUGAGCUGUAUGCCACAGGAAAUCUGAAAGUUCCUUUUUUCAGCUCAUUGAGAAUCAUCUUCAUGUUCAUUCUCAUUAUAACCACUUUGUGCAUGAUGCUGUUUACAACAUUUAAAACUAGCAGCAUGGACCUUAAUCAUGUCAAAAUUUGGUUUGUCACAUCACUGAAGGCUUUGUUGCUUCACUGUUUGGCAUUGGAGCCUAUAAAAUGUCUUAUCUAUUCUUUGCUGCGUUUUUAUGUUGACUAGAAGUGAUAAUUUGGUUAUGAUAGUUAUGAGAUGUUGAUUAUUUCUAGAGAAAAAAAAAGUAUUGUGGUUUUAUGCAAGUUUUGUUUCAAUAGAUUGUUUAUUUACUUAAUAAACAAAGA